CCGCGGGCCACCGCUCCCCAGCCCGCCCCUCCCCGCCUUUUCCGUCCCCUCCCGGUCCCCGCCGCCGCUCCAGAUGAGGUGAUGAUGGCAACGGCCAACUUCGGCAAGAUCCAGAUCGGUAUCUACGUGGAGAUCAAGCGCAGCGAUGGCCGAAUACAUCAAGCAAUGGUAACAUCUUUAAAUGAAGACAAUGAAAGUGUAACGGUCGAGUGGAUAGAAAAUGGAGAUACAAAAGGCAAAGAGAUUGACUUGGAGAGCAUCUUCUCACUCAACCCUGACCUUGUACCUGAUGAAGAAAGUGAACCCAGUCCAGAAAUACCUCCACCAUCAACCUCCUCAGCCAAAGGCAACAAAAUUGUAAAGAAUCGACGGACCGUAGCAUCUGUUAAGAAUGAUCCUCCACCAAGAGAUAAUAGAGUGGUUGGUUCGGCACGCGCACGGCCCAGUCAGCUUCCCGAGCAGUCAUCCUCUGCACAACAGAAUGGUAGUGUUUCAGAUAUAUCUCCAGUCCAGGCUGCAAAAAAGGAAUUCGGACCCCCUUCACGUAGAAAAUCUAAUUGUGUGAAAGAAGUGGAAAAAUUACAAGAAAAACGAGAAAAAAGGAGAUUACAACAGCAAGAACUUAGAGAAAAGAGAGCCCAGGAUGUUGAUGCUACAAAUCCAAAUUAUGAAAUUAUGUGUAUGAUCAGAGACUUCAGAGGAAGUUUGGAUUAUAGGCCAUUGACCACAGCAGACCCCAUUGACGAACAUAGGAUAUGCGUUUGUGUUCGAAAACGGCCACUAAAUAAAAAAGAAACUCAAAUGAAAGAUCUUGAUGUAAUCACAAUCCCUAGUAAAGACGUUGUCAUGGUACAUGAACCCAAACAGAAGGUAGAUUUAACAAGGUACUUAGAAAACCAAACAUUUCGUUUUGACUAUGCCUUUGACGACUCGGCUCCUAACGAGAUGGUUUACAGGUUUACAGCUAGACCACUAGUGGAAACUAUAUUUGAAAGGGGGAUGGCUACAUGCUUUGCUUAUGGACAGACCGGAAGUGGAAAAACUCACACUAUGGGUGGUGACUUUUCAGGAAAGAACCAAGAUUGUUCCAAGGGAAUUUAUGCAUUAGCAGCUCGGGAUGUCUUUCUAAUGCUAAAGAAGCCAAACUAUAAGAAACUAGAACUUCAAGUAUAUGCAACCUUUUUUGAAAUUUAUAGUGGAAAGGUCUUUGACUUGCUAAAUAGGAAAACGAAAUUGCGAGUGCUGGAAGACGGCAAGCAGCAGGUGCAGGUGGUGGGGCUCCAGGAGCGGGAGGUCAGGUGUGUUGAGGACGUGCUGAAACUCAUCGACAUAGGCAACAGCUGCAGAACAUCUGGUCAAACAUCUGCAAAUGCACAUUCAUCUCGGAGCCAUGCCGUGUUUCAGAUUAUUCUUCGAAGGAAAGGAAAACUGCAUGGCAAAUUUUCUCUCAUUGACCUGGCUGGGAAUGAAAGAGGGGCAGACACGUCCAGUGCAGACAGGCAGACGAGGCUCGAAGGUGCCGAGAUCAAUAAGAGCCUUUUGGCACUCAAGGAGUGCAUCAGAGCCUUAGGUAGAAAUAAACCUCAUACUCCUUUCCGAGCAAGUAAACUUACUCAGGUGUUAAGAGACUCGUUCAUAGGUGAAAACUCUCGAACUUGCAUGAUUGCCACAAUCUCUCCUGGAAUGGCAUCCUGUGAAAACACUCUGAAUACAUUAAGAUACGCAAAUAGAGUAAAGGAGUUUGGAAUUAGUCCAUCAGACAUUCCCUUCUCCCAGGGUAGUGGCAGUCGCCCUGAUCUCUCUCCUUCUUACGAUUAUGACGACUUUUCUCCUUCAAUUACAAGGGUGAAAGAAUUGACUAUAGACCCAUCUGCUGCUGGUGAUGUCCGUCCAAUUAUGCACCAUCCACCAAGCCAGAUUGAUGACUUAGAGACACAGUGGGGUGUGGGGAGUUCCCCUCAGAGAGAUGAUCUAAAACUUCUUUGUGAACAAAAUGAAGAAGAGGUUUCUCCACAGUUGUUCACUUUCCACGAAGCUGUCUCGCAAAUGGUGGAGAUGGAGGAGCAGGUUGUGGAGGACCACAGGGCGGUGUUCCAGGAGUCCAUCCGCUGGCUAGAGGACGAGAAGGCCCUGCUCGAGAUGACCGAGGAGGUGGACUACGAUGUGGACUCCUAUGCUACACAACUUGAAGCUAUUCUGGAGCAAAAAAUAGACAUUUUAACUGAGCUACGAGAUAAAGUGAAGUCUUUCCGCGCAGCGCUGCAAGAAGAGGAGCAGGCCAGCAAGCAAAUCAACCCGAAGAGACCCCGCGCGCUUUGAAGUGGGCGCCGCCCCGCCCCGCCCGGCCGGCCUGCCGCGACUCCCGCCCC